AUGGAAGGACACAGUAACACUUCGGUUAUACUGCACACUUAUCAACAACAACAAACUCAACUUAUUCCUUCAAUUAUUCCUCAAAGUCUUCCUGAUGGUUACGGUAUUCCUACUACGAUUUCUCAAGCCGAUUUCUCUGCAAAUAAUAAUUUCAUUAAUACAAAUCCCUGGAGUAGUACAAACUUUCAAAACUAUCAAGAUAAUCAAUUCACUAAUGAGGUUUCCGUUUUGAAUUACCCGACCGUUUAUGAUGAUUUUUCAAAAGAAUCAACAACUGGAACACUAUCAGAUCCAUCACUUCAUGGAUCAAACAGUUCCAGUUCGACUUCUGAUGUCGGAUCAUCUAUUGACUGCAGUAUUUCCCCUGAACCAAUUCUAAUGCCUUCUGUGAAAAGAGGACGACCAACUGAAAAUCCUUGUUGGGCAUACUUUCACAGAAUUGACGAUCAACUUGUAAAGUGUAGACUUUGUACAAAGGUUGUUCGAUCAGCAUGUGCUACGAAUAUGACGAAACAUUUGGAGAGACACCAUACUGAUGAUUAUCAGAAAGUGACUGGACAGUUGAAGCUAUUUCGAAUGAAUGAUGCAGGGAUUAGGAGUAAAAUGCACUAUGAAAUAUCAGAAAACCCGCUGACCAAUAUUCCCGUUCUCGCUACUUCAUAUAUUCUUCCGAAAAUGGAUUCAAUGGAAACUUUUGAUGCAUCUCAAUAUUAUCCAAUACAGCAACAACAACAGCAACAACCACAGCAAGACUCUUCAAUAAAUCCACAACAAUUUGUACAAUUCGAACAACCUCAAACGUCAUCUGAUCUCCAAACUUGGCCAUUAACUCAUUUCUGGCAGAAUGGAGCAACAACAACACAAACGAAUAUGAUGGGUCAUCUGGGUGAACCCUCGACAUCUUCAAUUGGAGCAUCAGUCAUUCAAGAGAUUCAUAAAUUUAGUAUUAAUCCAGAACAGAAGAAUAUGCAAUUGGAAUUAGAGCAGCAGAGAAACUUAAUAAUUGCUCAGAAAGCAGAGGAGAAGGGAAGAAUCAUCAGGCAAACUACGAAACCGUAUCAGAAAAGAAAUAGAAAAACAGAACAUCCAGUAUGGGCAUUUUUCAAAAGGACUGGAGAUGGAAAUGCUGAAUGUAUCAUUUGCCAAGGAGUUGUAAAAUCUCCGUGUUCAUCGAACUUCAUGCGCCAUUUGAUGCGUCAUCACUCAACAGAAUACAAUGAUGUUUAUCUGAAAUGGAUUGAAAAACGGAAUGUAACUCAUCCAGGAGUUCAUUGUACAUCAGUUCCUCCUCCACUUUCAUUUCCAAAUAACGAUGCUCCGAGACAGGAACAGAUUUUCUCUGUGACAUAA